AUGGUUCUUCUACAGCUAGAUCCGUUUCUCAAUGAGCUCACUAGCAUGUUUGAGCGCAGCACUGAAAAGGGCUCCGUUUGGGUUACUCUUAAACGAUCAUCUUUGAAAUCUAAGGUGCAGAGGAAUAAAUUGGCGACUGCUGGGGAAGCAAUUGAGUAUAGAUGCCUUAUACGUGCCACUGAUGGGAAAAAGACAAUUUCUACUUCGGUUGGACCGAAGGAUCACCAGCGCUUUCAAGCCUCUUAUGCAACUAUACUGAAGGCCCACAUGACUGCCCUAAAGAAGAGAGAAAGGAAAGACAAGAAAAAGCCCGCAGAGGCAGAUAAAAGAGAAGGGAGUUCAAAGAGACCGAAGAAGUCUUAA